AUGACUGUCGACAGACAGUCCUGGAAGACCGAGAGACUACCAAAAGAGACGGGCACUCUCGUCGUCAAUGUGUAUCCUGAUAACACUCUGCGCGAGCACGCCGAUGGCUCCGACACAGACGCUGCCUCGUCCUCUGCUGCUGUCCGGAAUUUCCUGCUGGACGGGACACGCGAGGAUCACAGCCUAGUGAAGCUCCUACUCCCGAUGCGGUCGGGCUACGUGGUCCAGUCCGACUUUCUUGAGCGGCGCAUGGUCGACUGCUUGAACGUGACCGAGGUGCGAGGCUUCGUCGCGCCGGGGCAGCAUAUCCAAGGGCUCUCUGCCGACGCCUACGAGUCCAUGGGCCUGUCCGACCUGCUGCCCUACAGCUAUGGUGCCGUCGUGAUGGCCCCGUCAUGUGCCGCCGGCGUGGAAAAGUCUGCCGCGCUGCUCGAUGAGGAGCUGACCAAGCGUCUUUCUUUCGCCUGGCUAUCGCCGAACCCCAUACCCCACAGGCGACUGGCGUUCGUGGGCGCGGCACCCCUGAGCAAGUUCAAGGGGUACGCCGCCGCGGCCGCCGCGUUGAACAUUGCGCUGGUCGUAUUGGACGUGCCGGAUCAGGUGGUCGCCCGAGACGAAUAUGCCCAUCUCCGUGAGGAGUUUGUACCGGUCGACCUGACAGCCGACGCCGGCUUGGCCCAACGCCUUGCGGACGUGGUGUCCGAGAUGCAGGGCACCGGCAAGCGCUUCGAUGGCAUCAUGUCCGUCGACGAGCACCUCCUCGGCAUCGUCUCCCAGGCGGCCACCCUGUUGGGGUUCCCCACCUCGCCGCCCGCGGCCAUCGCCUUGGCGCAGAACAAGUUCCAGACGCGCCAGCUCGAUGCCAACGCCUACGCCCGGCUUGUCCGCUCGCCGGCCGACCUGGAGGCGCUGCUCGCCGAGGAGGACAGCGGGCGGGCCCCGCCGCCGUACCCGCUCAUCGUCAAACCGUGUAAGGGCUGGUCGUCCGAGGGUGUCUGGAAGGUGGAUAACGAGCGGGAGCUGCGCGCCAGGGUGCCCAUGCUGUGGCAGGACCUCUUCGCCGACUGGCACGGCCGCGACGUCGUCGUCGAGGCGUACGUCGACGGGCCCGAGGUCGACGCCAACAUGGCGCUCGUGGACGGAGAGGUCGCGUUUUUCGAGGUCAACGACGACUUCCCCAGCUCCGCGGACAACGAUGAUGACGGCAGGACCAGGGACAAGUCUCCCCCGGCCACGUUCGUCGAGACGUCAAACAUGCUGCCGUCGGCCCUGGCCGCCAGCGAGCUCGAGGCGCUGCGGCGGCGACUUCACGAGAUCGCCCUCGCCGUCGGGUUCCGAGACGGCGUCCUGCACAUGGAAGCCCGGCUGCGCAACUCGAGUAGCCACUACGCCAGGGAAGAAGGCGGCGGCAGCCUCGUCGACCUACGGCCCAAGGCGGGGGCGACCUCCUCGGCGAAGCCCGAGGACGUCUUCCUUAUUGAGAUCAACCCCCGGCCGCCGGGGUGGCAAGAGGUGGAGGCCACGGCGCACGCGUAUGGCGUUUCGUACUACAGCCUGGCGGUCCUCAACGCCGUGGGCGACCGGGACCGCUUCGCGGCCCUAUCGCGGCCGUUCGUAGGAGGCGCCCAGUACCACAUGCAGCUCCUCUUCGUCUCGGCCCAGAAGGGCGGCACCUACCGGUCGGGCGACGUCUGCGCGGCCGUCCUGGACCACGGGGGGGCGGCGGGGCGCCGCUUGCGCGAACACGUCGUCGAGUGCGCGACCCUCAUGCAGGACGGCCAGGAGGUCCCCGAUCCCCGCACCGGCAAGGUCUUUGGCAGCUUCAUCGCCUUCUUCCUGGUCGUCUCGCGCACCAGUCGGCGGGAGGCCAUUAGCAUUGGGCGCGAGAUUGAGCAGCUGGUCAGGGGGCAUACCGACGGUUUCUAG